AUGGCGCAAUGGAAAUCGAUGAGAGUCGGGAACGAGGAUCUGAGACACAUCAGAUUCUCGGCGUUUGCCAUGUAUCCGCCGGGACUCAGCCGAGAAGGGAAUCAGCAGCGCGGCUACACGCUCGCCUACGCGGGGGACACGCACUGCCCAGCGUCGCCCGUGGGAGCCGAGACUAUUCGCGGCUUGUGUGCUCGAUUCCCAAGCGUGAGAGGCGGCCUCGAGCACUUAUUAUUUGAAGGCCCGGCGGAGGCUUUCUUUUUCGUCAGAUGUUGGGUCGACCUUGAUAGCGGCGCGCUAUUGGACGAUCGCCUCGUCUAUUUGACGAACAGUGUCUUCGACUCCGCGUCAAGUCGCACUGUGGUCUGCGCGACGAGGCUCUGCGCACGUGGUCAGCAGGUGGUUGAGAACGUCGGGCUCAUGUGCCCACAGUUCGACGCGAGGUCGGGUGGAUAUACUUAUGGCCUGCAAUCCAUGAUGGGCGAGUACGCCCUCAGUGUCGUCGAAGUACUCAAGGAGUCCCACGAUUUCACGGCGGCGAACACAGCGCUGAGGAGCCACACGAUGCUGCAAGUGGUCUCCGAAAUGGGCACCAGGAAGACCUUGCUGUGCAUCGCCUACAUCUUCGAGGUGACUCCGGUGCCCAACGGCUGUCCUCAUGAAAUCAACCGCCUUGUCAACUGUUGA